CAGUUUGUGAACCGCCGAUUACUGAUUUCAUUUUGACGAACCAGUUGUACCUUUACCAUCGUAAAACAAGCCCCCUACCCGUACCAUGUAUUGCAUUUGCAAAGCAUUAACGAUGCCUAUCACCAAUCAUAAUAGCGGCACUAACUAUAUCUAUAGCGUAUCUAACAGCAAAAGGCCAUAUGACUUCGAUACUCUCGAAGCUACCAAAGAGCACUCUAACCGACGAAGAAGACAAGCGAUAGAAAGCAACAAAAAAGGUUGAAUUAUGCAAAACAAAGAAUCGGGCAUUACUGUCCAUUUAUAUACGAACGUUCACAAAACCAAAAAAUGAUAGCUAAAUAGGAAAACUUAACCUCCAACCCUCUAGCCUAGAUCGUUUCAGUGGUUGCAGCACCGAGCGGAAUCGCUUAGAAGCUAGAAAGUAAUCUCGCACUUGUUACUGCUUACUUGUAAUACUUGCCAUCAACCUGUGGGUAAGAUGAGAUAUUUUUCUAGCCAUUUAAAUGCAAUGCAUAGCCAAUAGUGUAGCAAAAGGAUCGGCAAACCGAUAAGAAGGAUUGUCUUUAUUAAAAUUAUUCAAAAUUAUUUCAUUCCAACCGUACAGUAACAGGUUGCUACGAAGAUUUUCUGUACAGGAGUUCAACGACUAUCGCAGAAGGCCAUCUGAUAGCGUGUAGGCCAUGGUUUUCCUAGCACAACUCCCUUAGUAGCCAUUGAGGUCGCCAGAAACGAUUCUAUCAGUCAUAGAAAAGGGAGUUACUGCGUAAGGAAGUAGAGAAAAGAAUCUUUUUUCCUGUUCAAGUUGAGUUUCCUGAACAAGUUGAAGAGAAAUCUUCUUGUGCCAGAUGAACAGAGAGGAUUGCGGUAGCCCGAGAUCGCGAUGGAGUGACGGUAUCGACAUUUAUAGAAACAGUUCCCGGUGUGACGACGAGCGGUUGAAAAUUAUUCUGACAUAGGCUAAGACCGCCAGUCGGUUGAGGUGCCUGACAAGCAUGUAAGUAAGUUUGUGGAAAAUGUGUGAAAUUUGGAUUGGUGUGAGCUGUGUGUGUGAUUCACUGUGAGGUUGUCGUUUUUGAUAUUAACAUAAAUUGCUCGAUAGAGCAAGGUAAUGGAUAGAAAUCGGAAAGCCAUUGAACUGCACAUUUUGUUUAACACUCAGAGUGCAUUAACGAAUCUCAGUACGAUUAGUUAUCGGAGCUAACUGGAUGGUCAUUUUUCAAUUCAGGCCAUCUUUUCAACGUAGCCAUAGGGCUACAUUGAUUUCAAAUGAUUUUAUGCCAUACAAAACUCCACAUGCAUGCAUGAUUAGCUCUAAUAUCGUUCCUUGUGCGAAACAUGUACCUUAAGAAGUAUAGCAACGCGUGUAGCUGUA